AUGCCAAUGAGUGGAGCUAGUAUGCCUAACAGAGGUAGUUUUCGAGGUGGGUGUACUUCUGUUGGCAAUGCUGGGGGUGCUCGUGAUAGUUCUAAGCUGGAUGCUGAAGGAGGGAAUGGAAGAUUUGAAAAAACAUCAUCAAGGCGUACAGCAGGCUCUGAUUCAACGAGUAGACGUCUAGAUUAUGACAUUUCUCCAGUCCGUGGUGGCGGCAGUGAAGAUACUUCUGUUAAUAGAAAUCGUGACAAUAAUGAAGAGGAAUGUUGUUUGUGGUGAGCCUGGAGCUGUCAAUCAUUAUAAUGCGAAAACAUGUGGAGCUUGUGCAAUGUUCUAUAGGCGAGCUAUUAAGGAUAAUAAAAAUUAUGAUUGCAAGAAUUUCCAACCUUGUUCGUUGAGAUUUGGGAAGAGUUACUGCAGUUUCUGCCGACUUGAAAAAUGUAAGUCUGUUGGAAUGGCAUUUGGCAGUUGAAUUGGACAGC